GUGCUUGUGUGGUUUGUGCCAGUGAGCGCGCGCGUGUCUCUCUUCUGUGUGUGUGUUCCGUUAUUUUCCGGGUUGUGCUCAGUCAGUCAGGCAGGGUCUGUGGUGGUUGUAGCGCUACAGCUGCCAGCUGACACUUCCACCGAGGAGGAGCUGAGGUCAAACUUGGCUGUCUCUGUUUCUCUGUCUGUGACCGAGGCGGCAUCAUCACCACCACCACCAUCAUCAUCAUGGCGGAUCAAGGCGAAUCUCUGGUUCCCGUCCACCAUCCACAACCUACCAUCAGCUGGCCAAUUACCAGGGAGUCCUACGAGCUGCAGGAAGUCAUAGGCAGUGGGGCCACAGCUGUGGUGCAGGCGGCCCUCUGUACCCCCAGACAGGAGCGCGUGGCCAUAAAGAGGAUCAACCUGGAAAAAUGCCAGACCAGCAUGGAUGAGCUGUUGAAAGAAAUUCAAGCCAUGAGUCAGUGCAACCACCCAAACAUCGUCACCUACUACACUUCCUUUGUUGUGAAGGAUGAACUUUGGUUGGUGAUGAAGCUCCUGAGUGGAGGCUCCAUGCUGGAUAUAAUUAAACAUGCGAGCAAAGAAGAGGAUAAAAAUCUUCGAGCGUUAGAUGAGCCAAUUAUUGCCACGAUAUUAAAAGAAGUUCUAGAGGGCCUGGACUAUCUCCACAGAAACGGACAAAUUCACAGGGAUGUGAAAGCUGGGAACAUCCUACUGGGAGAAGAUGGAUCUGUUCAGAUUGCAGAUUUUGGCGUAAGCGCAUUUUUAGCUGCAGGGGGCGACAUGACGAGGCAUAAAGUUCGAAAGACUUUUGUUGGGACGCCGUGCUGGAUGGCUCCAGAGGUGAUGGAGCAGGUUCGAGGCUAUGAUUUCAAAGCAGAUAUAUGGAGUUUUGGAAUUACAGCAAUAGAGUUAGCAACAGGUUCUGCACCCUAUCACCGAUACCCUCCAAUGAAGGUUUUAAUGCUUACCCUACAGAAUGAUCCGCCCACUCUGGAGACGGGUGUUGAGGACAAGGAAAUGCUCAAAAAAUAUGGAAAAUCAUUUCGAAAGCUUAUAACUACGUGCCUUCAGAAAGACCCUGCAAAAAGGCCUACAGCAGCUGAGCUUUUGAAGUGUAAAUUAAUCCAAAAGGCAAAGAACAGAGAAUAUCUUGUUGAAAAGCUUUUGAGUCGUGCACCAAAGAUAUCUCAAAGAGCAAAGAAGGUGAGGAGAGUCCCAGGCUCCAGUGGCCACCUGCACAAGACGGUAGACGGGGACUGGGAGUGGAGCGACGACGAACUGGAUGAGGGCAGUGAGGAGGGUAAAGCAGCGGUGAAUCAGGGCAGGUCACGAAGGGUCAAAUAUGAGGCCAAAGACAAUGAGGAAGAUGCCAACAAUAUCCCUAUAGAAGGCUUGUCUGUACAGCAUCCCCAGGUAUUUUCGAUGCAGGUGGAACCAUAUGAGAAUACACCCUUCAUUCAAGGUGCUGUGAACAUGGUACUGCGGCUACGGAACUCCAAAAAGGAGCUGAAUGACAUUCGGUUUGAGUUCACCCCUGGGCGAGACACUGCUGAUGGCGUCUCCCAGGAGCUUUACUCAGCCGGUCUGGUCAAUGGGCUCGAUGUCUUAAUUGUUGCUGCUAACCUUCAAAAGAUUGUAGAUGACCCAAUUACCUAUAAAGUGUUGACCUUUAAGCUGGCUUCAGGAUGUGAUGAUACAGAGAUCCCAGAUGAGGUGAAGUUGAUCGGCUUUGCGCAGUUAAGUGUUAGCUGAUGUUCCCUUCAUCUUUGAAGCAGAUGAGGCAGGGAAGACAGUUCAGGGCAGACAGACUGAGGAACACACCCCGACCACCACCACCACCACUUCUUGCCAUAUCUUUCUCAACUCCCUCCCAGAAAAGCCCUUCUUCGUCUUCCGUCCUUCACUCUUUCUGACUUCCCCAAAGCUCUGCCGUCGCUUUACCACCACCUCUGUAGCAUCGACUUCCCUGCUCGCUGUCCGUCGACCUCUAACCUUAACAUUCCAGCACCCAGCGCACAGAACAGUAACCAGGAUACAGCCCAGGAACCAAAAGAUGUACUCAGGUGGUGAAAGAAGAUGAUAAAUAUGUAGCUUUGAAUGUUUUAUUUAUUUUCUCACCUCCUUUCUUUAAUUUACACUGCAUUACUGUUCCCUACAGCAAAAAUCAAAAAAUUAUUUAUUGAAAUAAGAAGAUAUUUUCAAUUUUAUUUUUCUGUCACAUUGUUUUUGUUCCCACUGUGAAAAUAAAUUUUCUCCCACACUUAAUGAUUUAUGAAAACUCUUCGGGGUUUGUGUCAGAAUGUAAGAAUCGGUAAACAUGUAGAUAUAAGCACAUUUUUUUUUUUUAUAACAACACGAUGAAUGUUUCAAAAUAAAACGCCCAGAACGAAUUGUUUUGUGUUCAGACCUGCUUUACUAAAAAUGGAAGCGUUUGGUUGAGUGCGCCGAAAUAAAUGAGACCUGGAUGUUACUGUGUUUACUUUGCUGCUCUCAACAGUGUUAACGCUUCAGAAAAUGCUUGAGGUGCCUUGUUCAUUUUUCCGUGCCUAAGAAAGUUGUCAGUGAGUGAGACGACACUGAGAGCAGAACUUGCUGAUUGUCACUUCAUCAAUAAAUUCCCUGCAAUGAAUCAGUUCACGUGUGCAGUCUUAGCCCGAAGAGGGAAGAUGAAAUGCACUUUUGUGUUGAGAUGCGCAGCCAACAAACAGACUCUUAAUUUACCUGCUUUCAGACAAGUAAAACCCGGUGGAACCUGCAGUUGUGUACUCUUGCUCUAAUCGGUGUCUAUCCGAUGCCACAAUCCAAAACUGGGAUUUUUUUGUUUGUUUUGUUUUGUUUGAAUAAGUGAAGUAGCUACCUAAUUGUACUGUAUGACAUUGAAAAAAUGGAACCAAACGGCGUCUGCUGAGUGUGAAAAGCCGUUUGUUUGUCCAAACAAGUCCAGUAGCACUAAAUCAUACUAGGUAUAAAAGUGUUAAAUAAAACUCUCCUAAAAGCUUUUAUUUUCUGAAGUAAAUUAUUGUUUGUUUGUUUUUUUAUGAACACUGUGCAUCAUUUCAACAUAUUAUCCAUUUCCCUUCUCUGUAAUCAGCUAAUGUCAAAUUUCUGAUGAGAAGCAACAAAUAAAGAAUAUUUAAGAAA